AUUGGCGUCGGCGCGAUGCUUACUGCCAGAAUGUAUCCGGAUCAUCAUCUCGAAGACACUCGGGACCAAAACCAAACUUGUACGACGAAACCGACCACUUUGCAAGGUAACCAAUGUCUGGCCAUGGAAGUACAGGCGCUUUCCGACCUAUCGAGGAGAUGAAGACCCUCUUGUCCGAUGUGACUCGGAGGACUGACCUUUAUGCAGCGUAGGCGUUCCGUCAGGGGGCAGUUGGGCCACGCCUGGUUGGCCUGCAGCGCUAGCACUAGCCAUUUCCAAUGUACUGCGUUUGCUAAGGAUAGAUAGAUGAGAAGUUUGUCGGCCCGCCGCAAAAAUCGAUUCCGGAACAAGAGCGUGAAUCUAUAGGGGCAGAUUCGAAGUCGGUAGCAAUAUACGGUAGUAAAGACUCGGCCUUUGUAGUUAUGGACUAGCCCUAGUGGCAACGUUGGUGGAGGGAAAGAUGGUGGCGAGCUUGUCGCUGUACGAGUGCAAGGUGAAGUUGGCCACUUGAACAGCUUGACGAAUUUGGAAAUGGACCCACAAAGCCUCAUGAUUUCUUCGGCUCACUGAGCGUCAAUGAAUAUUCCUGCCACAGACUCCCUUUUUUGACUUGACCCACAUCUAUUUCUUCGCGGGAGGAGAGUACUUUGUUCUAAACUAUUAUGCUGCAUAUCGAAGAUUACCGACGGUAUGGCAGGCAGCUGAUUCUCGAUCGCUUCGGUCUUCCAGGCCAGCUGAAGCUUCAGUCAGCUUCAGUCGUUGUUGUCGGUGCUGGUGGUCUUGGCUGCCCUGCCAUCCAGUACCUCGCUGCCGCGGGCGUAGGACGUAUCGGUAUCAUCGAUCAUGACGUUGUCGAGCUAUCAAAUUUGCAGAGACAGAUCCUUCAUACGCAGGAUCGCCUUGGUAUGCCUAAAGCUGUCUCCGCAGCAAAGGCAGUUCAACAGAUAAACUCUCGAACUCAAGUUGACGCGAUCACUGAGGCCCUUACACCAAGCAACGCGCUUGCGCUCUUGGAACCUUACGAUAUUAUCCUCGAUUGUACCGACAACGCUCCAACACGCUAUCUGCUUUCCGAUACCGCGGUCACUCUCAAGAAACCUCUUGUUAGCGGGGCAGCACAAAAGUAUGACGGACAAUUAUGUGUUUACAACAUGGGCGCCGACGGACCCUGCUAUCGAUGCCUAUUUCCUCGUCCAACCGCGCCUGAGUUGAGCGGAGGAUGUGAGGAAGUUGGAGUACUAGGCGUUGUCACAGGUAUCAUUGGAAACCUACAAGCACUGGAAACGAUCAAAAUUCUCACCGGAUUGCAUGGUGGGAAGCCUUCGCUUCUUAUCUUCUCUGCGCUGUCGACACCUCCGUUCAGAAGCAUCAAGCUUCGGUCACGUAGACCCACAUGUCCCGCAUGUGGCGACGCAGGUGAAAGGAUAGGUGAGAUUUCAGAGACAGAUUAUGUUGCGUUCUGUGGUGGUCCAAGGCCAGAUUUGGUGUCGCGAGGCUUAGAAAGCGGAAAAGAUCCAGAUCGUCGCAUACAUGCUCAUGACCUAGACGAACGGCUAAGAUCUGGAACCAGAACACGUAUAAUUGAUGUUCGGCCCCCGGUUGAAUUCGGCAUAUGCCACCUGCGCAAUUCCAUCAGUGCGUUCGUUCGUCCUGCGAAGCUUGAAGUUGAUCCUUUUGAUUCACCGCUGUCCCUUGUACUCUACUUCAGACAUUCCUUUGCCUGAGCUUGUCGCGGAUCCUACGAAAGUUGAAGUAGACAAUGCUUCCGAAGAUGCUGCGACUUACGUCGUCUGUCGCCUCGGCAACGAUUCCCAGCUAGCUGUCGACGCACUUCGUGCUGCAGGUAUGGGCGGUACCGUCAGAGAUCUCAUCGGCGGUCUUCGUGCUUGGGCGAGGGAGGUGGACAAUGAGUUUCCAGUGUAUUAAUCCCAACGUAGCUAGAACCUAUGUAGCUUUGGAGCCGUAUAUAGUGUCCCAAGGAUCACAAGUUUGCCAGCCUGUAGUAAAAAGAAUCUACUUUGAUAUUUUGACAUACAUUUCUCAAGCGU